CUCUUGCUAUCUUACAUAGAGAUAAGAGAUGGAACAAAUUAAACUCCAACAUCUUACAACUGUACGCAAACUCAACAAAUCUCUCUUUUCUGGGAUGGUCCUCCAGUUCCUGCUCUCACUCUUCAUCUUCUCCUUCCUCAUAUCCUAUACUUCAUGGCUCUCCUUCUAUCUCCAUUCAUUCAAUUUAUUCUCAUUCCAGCACUUGUUCAACUACAACGUUGACAGGAAAUACAUGUUCCUCCUUUGCAAUGGAAUACUUGUUUUCCUGGCCACAAACUCGGGUCUCAUCGGCUCGUCUCCACUCAAGACCGACAUUCAUGAUGAUUUCUUCAAAAGCGAGGGAGAUGGGGAUGGCCUACGAUCUGUCCCUCAAGUAUCGGAGAUGGAAGCAUCGGUUGUAGACAUGGAAGUUGGCGUGGAAAACAUUGGGUUUUCAGAGAACAUCGCUGUCGUUGUAGUAGAAAAAGAAGUCAUCGGAAAUGGGUUCUUGAAUACAGAAGGUGUCGAAGAAGAGAGAGAGGAGGAAAACGGGUUGUUAAGUACAGAGGAAUUGAAUAAAAAAUUCGACGAUUUUAUUAAAAGGAUGAAAGAAGGACUAAGGAACGAAGCUCAACAACUGAUGAGGGAUUGACGGCCGGCCACUGUGAAUUGAGGAGCUUUCAGGCAUCAGUUAUUACUUAACAUUCCAUGUUUGUUAACUACUGUUUUUUUUUUUUUUUUCCUCUCUUUGUAUUAAUCAGUUGAUCCCGUAACAGUGGAUGUUGUGUUCUGACAAUUAUAUUUUUCUUUUCUCUCAUGUUCUAUAUAGGUGGUGUAAUGUAACCGAAAUGUGUAU